UCCGCUUAAGCAUCUGUUGUUGCGUAUAAGACGACGACAUCCCCCCCCAAUUCAUAUACAACAUCACAUCUCACUUCAGACUUCAUGCCUGCUACACUCCUCACAUCUCCCACCAUGGGUUCACCAAAAGCUCCUCAACUACGACUCGGCGACGGCGUCUACGUCCCCACCCUCGCCUUCUUCACCCCCGAUGACGAGGUCGACUCCCCAGCCCUGGAGAAGCACAUCAUCAAGCUCCUCGAAGCAGGAGUCGCUGGUAUCGUAGUCCACGGCUCCAACGGCGAAUGUGCCCACCUUUCACACUCUGAGCGAACCGCCAUUAUCCGCGUCGCCAGGGAUACCAUCCUCCACGAGUCAACCGGCGCUCGCAUCCCCCUCAUCGCCGGCUGUGGUGCUCAGAGCACCAAGGAGACGACUCAGCUGUGCGAGGACGCCGGCAAGGCGGGCGCCACUCAUGCCCUGGUUCUCCCUCCCAGCUACUACGGCGGCUUGCUCCCCGACGACCUCGUUGUGCAGCACUUUUAUGACGUGGCCGACAAGAGCCCUAUCCCUCUUCUCGUGUACAACUUCCCCGGCGCCGCUGCCGGCCGCGAUCUUUCCUCAGACACCAUCCUCAGCAUCGCCAAGCACCCCAACGUGGUGGGCGUCAAGCUGACGUGCGGCAACACUGGCAAGCUUGCCCGCAUCGUGGCCGACUGCCCCGAGGGCUUCUUCGUUGGCGGCGGCAGCGCAGACUUCAUCCUCCAGGGUCACGCGGUGGGCGCCAACGGCACCAUCUCGGGCCUCGCAAACCUGUGCCCCCGCGCAUGCGUGCGAAUCAUGGAGCUCGCCGACGAAGGGCGCUGGAAGGAGGCCCGACAGCUGCAGGCGCAGGUGGCCAAGGCCGACUGGACGGCCAUCAAGACGGGCUUCGUGGGCGUCAAGGCGGCGCUGGGCCACUACUUUGGCUACGGGGGCGAACCUCGAAGACCCUGCGUGGCGCCGUCGCAGAAGGAGCUGGACGUGAUCGCCCGGGGGUUCCAAGAAGUCAUGGAGCUGGAGCCUACGCUUUGAUUUGAUUUGACAUGAGCAAAAAAGUCUUGUUGACGGAGUUGCAUCGGGUUAGCGAUGAUGAUACCUAGAUCAAGCACAAGAUGGUGUUGUGGCGUUGGGCAUGGGCACAUGCAUACAUAUACACAGCCAUGGGAUCGAUCAUCUGGCCCAGCUGUUGUACAUUUUAUUACGAGCGAUAUUUCUUUAAUAGUCUUUUGGAAUGAAUUUGGAAAUGAUGUUCAAUGAUAUUC